CGGCGGCGGCUUCUCGGCGCGGGCGGUGACGUCGGCGGCGCGCCCGGCGGCUGCUUCUCCGCGUGGCCCUACGGGAUGGAGCCGGCUCCAAGCUCCGGGAACGCGCGCGGAGCGCUGGGCCGGCAGGUGGAGGCGGUGCUGGCGAGCCGCGGCGAGGCCAACGCCGUGUUUGACGUCCUGGCUGUGCUGCAGUCCGAGCACCCGGCGGAGGUCCAGGACGCGGUGCGCGCGUGCAGCCACCUCUUCGGGGCCCUGCUGCAGCGCGGGGAGCUGUUCGUGGGCCAGCUGCCCCCCGAGGAGAUGGUCAUGGCAGGCCCCCAGGGCGCCACCCGGAAGUACAAGGUGUGGAUGAGGCACCGCUACCAGAGCUGCUGCACCCGUCUGGGUGAGCUGCUGGCCCACCCCUCCUUCGAGGUCAAGGAAUCGGCCCUCACUUCACUCAUGAAGUUUGUGAGGCUGGAAGGUGCCCACCCGCUAGAGAAGCCCAAGUGGGAAGGCAACUACCUGUUCCCCCGGGAGCUGCUGAAGCUGGUGGUGCAGGGUCUGCUGUCCCCCGAGGAGGACCGCACGCUGCUGCUGUCGCAUUUCCGUUCCUACCUGGAGCACGACGACAUCCGCUACCAUACCAUGCAGGCAGCCACAGAGGCAGUAGCCAGGGCCACCGAUGGUCACCCUGAGCAGGUGCCGCUCGCCUUCUGGAACAAUGUCUUCUCACUGCUGUCUGCUGUGAGCCUGCCACGCCAAGAGGGCGCCAACGUCAGCCUCUACGUGCCACAUGCUAAGAUAUCAGACAAGUGGAAGGUCGCUCACUUGAAGGUGAGACUGGAGGGGCAGGGGCUGACAGCCUGGGGGACACAAGAAAGGGCUCUGCACAAGUGCAGCUCCCUGGGCCUGGCCUGGGUGCCCCUGCAGCCCCUCCCCACAUGGGCACCCCUGCAUCCCCGUCCCUCCCCCAUGGCAGACCUUGCAGCCCGCCCCUUCCCCAUGGGCACCCCUGCGGCCCCACCCUUCCCCCAUGGGUACUCCUGCAGCCCUGCCCCUCCCCGCAUGGGCGCCCCUGCAGCCACCUCCUUUCCCCAGGAGCACCGGAAAGUCUUCCAGCACAUGUGGCUCAGCUUCCUCAAGCACAAGCUGCCCCUGAGCCUUUGCAAGAAGGUGCUGGUGAUCAUGCACGACGCCAUCCUACCCAGCCUGGCCCAGCCCAGCCUCAUGAUCGACUUCCUCAGCCGAGCCUAUGACGCCGGAGGUGCCAUCAGCCUCUUGGCCUUAAACGGCCUUUUCAUCCUGAUCCACAAGCACAACCUGGAGUACCCUGACUUCUACCGGAAGCUCUAUGGCCUCCUGGACCCGUCCAUCUUCCACGUCAAGUACCGUGCCCGCUUCUUCCACCUGGCGGACCUCUUCCUGUCGUCCUCACACCUGCCCGCCUACCUGGUGGCGGCCUUCGCCAAGCGGCUGGCCCGCCUGGCCCUGACGGCGCCCCCCGAAGCCCUGCUCAUGGUGCUGCCCUUCAUCUGCAACCUGCUGCGCCGGCACCCGGCCUGCCGCGUCCUGGUGCACCGCCCGAGAGGCCCUGAGCUGGAUGCUGAUCCCUACGACCCCCAAGAAGAGGACCCGGCCAGGAGCCGAGCCCUGGAGAGCUCCCUGUGGGAGCUGCAGGCCCUGCAGCAGCACUACCACCCCGAGGUGGCCACAGCCGCCAGCGCCAUCAACCACGCCCUGGCUGUGCCCGAGGUCAGCAUCGCGCCGCUUCUGGAACUCAGUGCCUUUGAGAUCUUCGAGCGGGAUCUGAAGAAGGCACCUGAAUCGGUGCCACUGGAGUUUCUCCCAGCCCAGGGUCUGCUGGGCCGCCGUGACCAGCUCUGUGCCCAGGUCUUCACGCUGGGCUGACGCUGCACCCCCGCCCCCAGACACCAUACUCCUCCUCACCGGGCCUCGUGGCAGGCUGGGCACAGCCUGAGGAGCCUACCUGGGUGGUCAUGGGCUGCAGGGGACAGACCACCUGGUCACAACUAAAUUGUCCCCUCCAAGCUGCGCUCAGCCCACACCCACGUCCACUUCAGCACGGCUGGUGGCCAGCUCUGAGGAACCCAGGCUCAGUGAUGGCCAUCCUGGGCCCUACCAUGAGCAUUUUGGGUUUUGGUUUUUUAUCUUUUGGGGUCACCCAGCAAUGCCCUGGGUUCCUCCUGGCUCUGCACUCAGGAAUUACUCCUGGUGGUGCUCAGGAGACCAUAUGGGAUGCCAGGGAUCGAACCUGGGUUGGCCAUGUACCAGCAAACAUCCUCCCUGCUGUGCUAUCGCUCUAGCCCCCAGCAUGAGUGUUUUUGUAAGACAACUGGCACCUCAUCUGUCAUCACUCUGUCCCAAGUAGUGCAGAGGGAGGAAGCCCAGGGCUCAUGCUCCAAUUGCAAAGAGCCAUUUCAAGUGACCUGCAGUGUCCGCGUAUAGCUAAUGGGGCCAGCCAUGGAUCUUUAUUAAAUUCUAUUUGCUUAUA